AUGGCUACAUCGCUACUGAUACCUGCGCAACAGUCUACCAGUAAUUCCGGUGGUGUAUUUGCUGAAAAUUCAACACAUUCACCGCCAGCAGCAUCAACAGCAGAAUCCGGUGCCGUUGUUGAGCGUGUCACAACAGUUGCAUCAGUGGAACGUUUAUCGGCAUCUGGUGCAAACGGUGUAGUGGUUGAACGACGCAAAAAAAAACCGUAUAAAGAGCUGACAUUGGAAGAAAAGGUACAACUAAUUCGUCUUGCCGAAGAAAAUGCGGGUAUGAGUCAGGCGAGUAUUGCUGAACGAUAUGCAAUUGCUAAAAGUAAUGUAUGCCGAAUAUUGCAACGAAAACACGAAUACUUAAGAGCUUAUGAAUCGGCUGGUUUUGCCGGAUCUCGUAAACGAAAAUUACGGGGUGAUCCAGAAACUACAACGAUACAUUCCAACAGUUCACAGCAAACCCCAAUCACCGCGACAAGUAAUCCGACAGCAACAACACAGUUGCAUUUGCCAAUUCCAUCGGUUCCGACAACAACAAAUUAUUAUGAUACAACGGCGACACAUUUUCACAGUAAAAGGGAACAUGAAGAAAUCCCGAUUGGGAUAUUAUCAUCCUCAAUUGAUAAUUGUUUUGGUUAG